UCUGAACUUUUGCUCCAACUGUUCCAACAGAGAUUGGGCUGGGCUUGACUGGAUUUGGAGUUCUCUUCUCGUUUCUUGGGAUCAUCAUGCUGUUUGACAAGGGGUUCCUGGCAAUGGGGAAUAUUCUCUUCGUGUCUGGUGUUACACUAACCAUUGGGCUGAACUCAACCGUACAGUUCUUCACCAAGCCUAAGAAUCACAAGGGUUCAAUUGCUUUCGGGAUCGGCCUUUUCCUGGUCCUUAUUGGUUGGCCUGUCUUGGGCAUGAUGGUGGAGUCCUAUGGCUUUGUCGCGCUAUUCAGCGGCUUCUGGCCUACUGCUGCUGUAUACCUGCAAAAGACCCCCAGCGUUGGUUGGAUCUUCCAGCACCCUAUUGUUACUUCGCUGCUCACUCGGUUCAGAGGAAGACGAGUCCCUGUGUAAUCGCCGCGCUGCUGCAGAAACAAUACCGUAGAAUGCCACUGCCAGAUCGCCUGUAAAAAGAUAACAUGUUGUUUUGCUCCACUUGUUGUUUGAUUCCUUCUGUGCUGCAUGUGAAUCUUGCUGCGCUGCUACCAGUGAAUUUGUGCAGAUCUCUUGACUACGUUCGAUUUUGUUUGUACAAAGCAUUUGUUAGUGCUUGUUAAGGAGGCGAAUAGGAAGAGCUGAAACUAUCUCUCUUUUCUGAAUGAUGAUAACGAUGAGUUGAUUCGUAGACUAGUCGUUUUUUCACUGAUGUAUAUUUGUUAGACAUUGAUUUCUGUUCCAAGUGUUCUGUUUCAAAGGAAAGGAAAGAAAAACUUACAAUUA